AGCAAGUCUGGGGGCCAACAUCCUCUCUGCUGAAGCUCACUGCCCCCCUCCUACCCACACCCACACUCUGAAACCGACCCUGCGUGUGUUUUAGGACGUUUUUCUGAGCAGAAGAAAGCGGAAAGCGGCCAGAAGUCGAAGGGGACCCUGCCUCGCCACCGUGGAGCGUGUUUCUGCGUGUUUUUUCCCUCUCUGGCCCGGAGUUCCAGACAAGCAGGAAAAUUGCUUGGUGUAGCUGCAUCGGAGAGAAGGCUCGGGAGGAGGUCAAACUGCGGGACACGAUGAGUGGGAAGGACACGGCGACGGACAAGCUCAUCUCAGAUGCGAUGGCGAACCCCUCUCCAGCUAAGAGCAUGGGUGAUCCUGGAAUCACUCCUCUUUCUCCUUCACAUAAUCAGAGCGACACGGACCAGGUGCAGUCACAGCCGUCCUUCGUGGUGGUGGUUGCCAUUGAUUUUGGCACCACAUCCAGUGGUUAUGCUUACGCCUUCACUAAGGAGCCAGAGUGCAUUCACACCAUGAGGCGUUGGGAGGGAGGAGAUCCUGGUGUGUCCAAUCAGAAGACUCCAACAACCAUCCUACUGACUCCCGACAGGAAGUUCCACAGCUUCGGCUAUGCAGCUCGGGAUUUUUACCAUGACCUGGACCCUAGCGAGUCCAAGCAAUGGCUCUACCUGGAAAAAUUCAAAAUGAAACUCCACACCACUGCAAAUCUGUCCAUCGACACUGAUCUCCACGCAGCCAAUGGGAAAAGGGUGAAAGCUCUGGACAUCUUUGCAUAUGCCCUGGCCUUCUUUAAGGAGCAGGCACUGAAGGAGCUCAGUGACCAGACAGGCGGUGAAUUUGACAACAAUGAUGUGAGAUGGGUGAUCACAGUUCCCGCCAUCUGGAAAAUGCCUGCAAAGCAGUUCAUGAGGGAAGCUGCCUAUAAGUCAGGUCUGGUUUCCCGGGACAACCCAGAGCAACUCAUCAUCGCCUUAGAGCCGGAGGCAGCGUCCAUCUAUUGCCGCAAGCUCCGCCUCCACCAGAUGAUGGAUCUGGGCACACAGACCACCCAGAACGGUUUCAGCCCUACUGACAACGUGGGAAGUGGGAUGAGCCAAGCAGCUAAGGAGCAUGUUCGGCGCAACCGGCAGAGCCGCACCUUUUUGGUGGAAAAUGUCAUAGGGGAGCUUUGGUCGGAGCUGGAAGAAGGUGACCGUUACGUGGUGGUGGACUGUGGUGGAGGAACUGUGGACCUGACGGUCCACCAGAUCCGGCUUCCAGAAGGACAUCUCAAAGAGCUCUACAAGGCCUCAGGUGGACCCUACGGCUCCAUCGGGAUCGAUUAUGAAUUUGAGAAGUUACUGUGUAAGAUCUUUGGCCAGGAUUUCAUUGAUCAGUUUAAGAUAAAGAGACCAGCCGCCUGGGUGGACUUGAUGAUUGCGUUUGAGUCUCGGAAGAGAGCAGCCGCCCCCGACAGAACCAACCCUCUCAAUAUUAACCUGCCCUUCUCUUUCAUUGACUACUACAAGAAGUUCAGGGGCCACAGCGUGGAGCACGCCCUGCGCAAGAGCAAUGUGGACUUUGUCAAAUGGUCAUCUCAGGGGAUGCUGAGGAUGAGUCCGGAUGCCAUGAAUUCCCUGUUUAAACCAACCAUACAGCACAUCAUCCAACAUCUCACUGAGCUCUUUGACAAGCCGGAGGUCAGCGACAUCAAGUUCCUGUUCCUGGUUGGAGGUUUUGCUGAGUCAGCGCUUCUUCAGCAAGCGGUCCAGAACAUGCUCCAGGGCCGCAGCCGGAUUAUCAUCCCCCAUGACGUUGGUCUAACCAUCCUGAAAGGCGCUGUGCUCUUCGGCCUGGACCCCAGCGUCAUCAAAGUCCGCCGCUCUCCGCUCACAUACGGGGUAGGCGUCCUCAACCGCUUUGUGGAGGGUAAACACCCGCCAGAGAAACUGCUGGUGAAGGACGGCACGCGCUGGUGCACCGACGUCUUCGACACUUUCAUAGCCGCCGACCAGUCUGUGGCGCUGGGCGAGAUGGUAAAGCGGAGCUACACGCCCGCCAAGCCAUCCCAACAGGUCAUCGUCAUCCAUGUCUACUGCUCAGAGAAAGAGAGCGUGGCCUUCAUCAGCGAGCCCGGCGUGAAGAAGUGUGGGACACUUCGCUUGGACGUGAGUGGGACGGAAAGCACGGCACCACGCCGCGAGAUCCAGACACUCAUGCAGUUCGGUGACACCGAGAUCCGAGCCAUGGCGGUGGAUGUGUCCACUGGACGCACUGUCAAAGCUAGCAUUGACUUCCUGAGCCAUUAAGUAGCCUGUAACAGAGUUCACCUCACAUGAAAACAUGCAGCUUACACACACACACACACACACACACACACGAGUAAGGGAUAUUUAAUGGAAAGAGGUGAAUGUUAAUAAAUCUUAAGGCUUAAUGAAGAGUAGUGGUAAACACAAUCAACAGCUUCAUCUUCAGCGUAAAUCUAGACAUCAGACUUAGGAAGCCACAUUACUGCAAGGAGCAGGAGGAGGAAGCUGGAAGAGUUCAGUCUGCUUUAGGUCAGAGUUUAUUUUUACUCCAAAAUGUCGAGACAAAACCAUCUUCCCCUUCCUGAAGCUGCAGCAUUGUUGAGUUUGAAGCUUUGGUUUCUCCUCAUCCAUUACACAUAUUUUAUACACAGCCUGUCCAAAAAAGGAAAGUCCUACACUAAUAUUUCAUUGUGCCUCCUUUAGCUUUGAUUAUGGCAGCUUUCAGUGUGUUAUUGUUUUGAUAAGCUUCUGCAAUGUCACAUUUAUUUCCAUCCAGUGCUGCAAUCAUUUUUCUCCAACCUCUGAUAAUGGCAGAGUCCAACCUCCAGCACAUCCCAAAGAUUCUCAGUAGAGUUCAGGUCUGGACUCUGUGGUGGCCAGUCCAUGAGUGAA